GCCUUCAAGAUGAACGACUCCCAUAUCUACGGUGGCAGUGAAUCGAACUCAGAGUUCUGGCACAUAGAAAGACCCCUGGCCUGUGUGAUCCUUGGCUUGUCUUUCCUCAUUGGGGUCCCUGGAAACCUGCUGGUCAUUGUGAUCAUUCUGCGCCACAUCAAACACAGAUCCCACACCAUGGUUCUGAUCCUGAACCUGGCUGUUUGUGACUUUGUGGUCCUCAUCACUCUGCCUGUUUGGAUCUACUCUCUGGCUGGUGCCUGGGUCUUUGGAGAGACGUUCUGCAAGGCAAUGGUGUACGUAAUCUACUCCAGCAUGUACGGCAGCGUGUUCUUGAUCACAUUGAUGGGCGCAGAUCGCUUUGUAGCCAUCAUCUACCCGUUUGCAUUGCAGUACUGGAAGAAGAAAGGUGUCUUACUCAAGGCUUUGGCUGUCAUCUGGAUCCUGGCUUUCCUGUUUGGCGUUCCCACUAUUCUGACACAGAGGGUUGACAAUGUGGAUGGGAAGCUGCAGUGUACUGUCCGGGUGUACACUUCAGAGAUGCAGGAGGUUGUUUGCCUGGUACUGGAGACCUUGGUGGGUUUUGCCAUUCCCUUCUCUGUCUUGUCCAUUUGCUACGCCUGCGUGGGGAGACGUAUAAAGCAAAUGACUUUCAAGACCAAACAGAAAUCGGCUUCACUGAUUGCCAGCGUGGUGAUCGCCUUUGCCCUGUGCUGGUUCCCUCACCACAUAUUCAACCUGAUGAUGGUGGUGUCUGUGCUGAUAAGAAAGUCAUAUCCAGAAGCAGCAGACAGGCUUGAUGAAGUGGCCCAGACUGGGGUCUUGGUCUCUGGAGCCUUAGCCUUCAUCAGCAGCUGCAUUAACCCCUUGCUGUACGCCUUCGCUGCACGCCGGUUCCGAAGCAGCCUGAGCGAGUCAGGAUUCAGAAACCUCUUUCAUCACAUCACCACCUCCACCUCACCCGAGAAGACAAACGAAAUGUCAUUUAUAUCAAGAAAACAAACUUCUCAAACCGACCACAGUGUUCAGAGCACUCCGACAGUCUAAAUACGUGACUUGCUGGUACCCAUUUAUUCCCUAUUUAAUGUCCAUAACUAGGUAUUAUGCUUAACUGGGUGACAUUGUAUGUAUUAGAGUACAUACAGUAAUGUCAUAUAUACCGUAAAUCCCUUUAUAUGCACAAAAUCAUGUUGUUGUUUUAUUUAUUUUUUAAUUUUUUGGAGAUUUUCCAAAACUCAGAAUCAGACAUUUUAGCAUUGAAGGUGAAACAGUAAUCCAAACAGUUGUAUUGUGCACUAUAGACAACAUAAUGCAAUUACCAGCUGUUCAAGUUAGCGGGUAAAUGGACAGCCCAAAAUUAGUUUUAAAAUGUUUUAAAAAGUGCUGAGAGAAGGGGGUUCUAGGAGCCUACGUGGAAUUACAGACAGACACAGAAAGCCCCAUCUCUAAGUGUAAAUGUAUACACAGCACCUUUUUCAGAAUUGUCACAUGAUCUAUUAAUGCUGUAACAAGUUUCAAAAUGCAUUGCGUAGGGAAAUGUACAGAAUAUAUGGAAAUGCACUUGCUCUAGUUUGUAGGUACAAUGCUUAAUUGACAAUUCUGCUUUUUUGUUGUGUGUGUGUGUUAUUAUUAUUAUUGUAUUUUUUCAUGGAUUACUAAAGCCUGUACUACCAUGAAAAUAAGUUCCAGUACUUUGGCAAUACAAUUGUCAUGUUUGUGGUAUUACCCCUGCAUUGUACCAAGGAGGCUGUGUGGUCCAGUGGUUAAAAAAAGGGGCUUGUAACCAGGAGGUCCCUGGUUCAAAUCCCACCUCAGCCACUGACUCAUUGUGUGACCCUGAGCAAGUCACUUAACCUCCUUGUGCUCCGUCUUUCGGGUGAGAUGUAAUUGUAAGUGACUUUGCAGCUGAUGCAUAGUUCACACACCCUAGUCUCUGUAAGUCGCCUUAGAUAAAGGCAUCUGCUAAAUAAAACAAAUAAUAAUAAUAACUGUAUUGCA